CAAUCUUUGGUAUAACUAUGUACAGUACAGUAGAGCCUACGCGUGGUAAAAUUUGGUCACGCGACGUUACUAUUAAGCGCGGCCAACCCUUGCCCAGCGCAGCCAGGGCGCCCUCGCUCACAAACCAUCAGCAGGAGCGAUGAUACGCCUCUUUAGCUUACGCACGCGUGACGCGUUCGCAAACCAAAUAAAUAGCAAGGUCUUGGAACCAAGGCUAGUUGAAGCAAAGAUCAGCUAGCGCCUUUAUGUAUGUACUAUGUAUCAAAGAUAGCGGCGCUAUACUGAUAGUAUCCGGCUGAGUUCGGGCGGCUUGUUCUCGUAUGUUCAUGAACCGCUCGAUUUGUUGUUCGUUAGUCGGCCGCUCGAACACCGGGAACGUAUCUUAUUGCAUGCAUCGUGGCGGCAUCCAUCUUUGCAGCCAUGGAAACCAGGACAGCCAUCGUUUUCACUAUUGCAUCUGUUAUUGUACUCUUUUCCUUGCCCAUCCUUCAUUUCUUGGCAUUUGGGGUGAUGAUCUUCUUCAUUGUCAAUGUCACUAUGGCAUUUACCCAUGAUGGAGACCUCCUACUUAUGUUGUAUGAAAAGUGGGGACAGGAUGGAUCCAAUCUGAAGGGCAAAGUUGCGUGGAUAACGGGGGCCUCAAGUGGUAUUGGUGAAGCACUGUCCUACGAAUUAGCGCAAAAGGGAGUCAAAUUGAUUCUGUCAUCACGGAGGGAGCAGGAAUUGGAGCAAGUCAGAGAGAGAUGCCUGCAGUUCUCAGAGUUGACUGAUAAUGAUGUCCUUGUGCUACCCAUGGACCUUAGAAAUUAUGAAUCUCAUAAAGGAUGUGCAGACAAAGUAUUGAGCCAUUUCAAGAAGGUUGACAUCUUGGUGAACAAUGCAGGACGUUCCCAACGCGCCUUUGCUGCAGACACCAGCUUGGAAGUAGACAAGGCUCUAAUGGACCUGAACAUCAUUGGCCAGCUGUCUGUCACCAAGGCCAUCCUGCCCCACAUGACAGCGAGGAAGGAAGGUCACAUUGUCAACAUAAGUAGUGUGGUUGGUCGGGUACCAGGCGAAUUAAGCUGCACGUACUCUGCUUCUAAACAUGCCAUGUUGGGUUACUUUGGAGCAUUUGCCUAUGAAAAUAAAGACAUAAGCAUAACCAACGUGUGCCCUGGUCCCGUCAAAAGCGAAAUUGUUAUCAAUGCAUUUGGCAACAAACUAGAUGCGCCCAAGUUUAAAGAUGACCACAGUGCCGCAGAACGUGGCCCAUCUUUUUGCAUGACGGCGGAGCGUUGCGCUUCACUGAUUGUCAUCGCCGUUGCCAACAAAUUGUCUGAAGUGUGGAUCUGUAAGAACUUGGCGAUGUUUUUGAUGCUAAUGUACCAGUGGGCACCACUGCUGACUGUAUGACCUGAACCUCAGCCUCUGGUGAUGCUACCUUGACAACACCUUUGUCAUCUGGCCCCAUGGACCAGACACCCUCCAGGAGUUCCUGCUGUACUUCAACAGCAAAACCUCACAUAAAGUUAAUCAUGGAAAAGGAAUAGCUAGCCAGCUUUCCUUCCUCACAAUGCAUGCCGCCAGUUCUCCCCAUCUCCUUGUCCAUCGCAGGUCCCACCCCCACACCGACUGGUAUCUUCGUCAAAUAUCCUUCCACCACCCCUGCAUUAAAUCACACCCUUGUCUGCCAGGCCCUUGAGAUUGUGACAAGUACAGUAUACAGCUGAAUGGACAUAAGCCCAACCAAGUCCACCCUACCAAGCCCACCACCCCUGGAUGUAAGGGUCUCCUAUAGGUCUCUCUCAAAUGACGUUACAUGUACUUCCUACAGAUCGCCACGUGUAUUAACUUUUUUCACUUCAAUUUUUGUGACUCUCAGCUGCACCGUUCUUUGAACAUUAUUUGAAUCAGCACGCACGCGAGUUUCGAACAUUUUGCAUACUGCGUGCACACGCUCCUGUUUGUGUUACACAGUUCCAAUUUUCCUACACAGAUGGCGUCCAUUGAGAGAGAUCUCUACCCGAAUCUAACCCCUCUCUAUCCUAGGUAUCUCUCCAUCUGAAGAUCCACCUUAUAUCAGCUUCAGUGCAUCCUAGAUCAGCCAACAUCCAAGUCUUCCACACUGCCCCUCUCAAACGUACUGCAAGCCUUGCUCCAACCCACAAGGACUAACAACCUUGCAGCAGCUGACUAGGAGUCUACCACAUCCCCUGCAAGUCUGCACAGGGGAAACAGGCUUGAACCUUCCCACCAGUAUCUGAGAACAUCCAACUCAUCAUGACCAACAUAACAAAGAAAAUACAUGUACAACAAGUCUGCCAUUUUCAAAUACGCACAUGCCAUGGACCGCUUCAUCAGUUUGGACCGAGCCUAAAUCAGCGCCCUAAUCCAGAACUGGCAUCCAAGAAGGAUCCAGGAAGCCACCGAGAUCUAGAGACAUGACACUGUUCUCCAAGACAUCAGAUUCUAGCUCAGCGAUAGGGGGGAGCCACUCCUAUAGGCUUCCAGCAUGCAGACACAAGAAUCCUCUUGUCCACACUUCAGCAACCAGUAUGUAGCAUCCACCCUUCCGUGCCCCAGUGUCCAGCCACCUGCGUCCAGCCCCCUGCAUCCCAGAUUCCACGCCUCAUCACCCCUCACUUCACCUUAUUUGACAACCCUCUCCACCAACUCUCUCCUGAGGAUGACCAGAACAUCAUGGUUCAAAUGUCAAACUUGAGAGCAAACUUUUGAUUAGAACCAUACUCUUCGACCAAAAAGGUUUUUAAUUUUACAAGUGCCUCCGCAAGACUCCUGCAGCACCUAAAUUUACAUCAAACGCAUUGAGAGAAUUGACUGCGUGAUUAAAGAAUUCCUGGAAUCACAUGUGAUCAUAAGGAGAGAUUUAUGUAACAGGGAAAAAUGGCACGCUAUGAGGAAUUAGCAAAAACAAUAAAAACUCUAACUAAACCAAGGA